AGCCCAGCGGACUGCCCCCACUGAAACAAGUGCGCGUCAAACGUCCACACCACGUGAACGGCACGAGCGGGACGCACCGCCGCGAGACUUGGUGAUUUCUUUAUAAGUUUGUGUUUUUUAUUUACUGGGAAUGGACCUCACAGCCAAGAUGGAAAUUAACAUCAGCCAGCAGCAGCUGAUGCCGCCCGCGUGUUUCUUUUCCGCCGCGGCGGCGCAGACCAUCCAGCUGAGCCCGAGCGGCAGCAGCCAGGGCAGCGGGAAGUCUGUGUCCAAGCAGCCCAAGAGGCAGCGCUCCUCCUCCCCGGAGCUGCUGCGCUGCAAGCGGAGACUCAACUUCGCGGGUUUCGGGUACAGCCUCCCGCAGCAGCAGCCGCACGCGGUGGCGCGGAGGAACGAACGGGAGCGCAACCGGGUCAAACUGGUCAACAACGGCUUCGCGACGCUGCGGGAGCACGUCCCCAACGGCGCCGCCAACAAGAAGAUGAGCAAAGUGGAGACGCUGCGCUCCGCCGUGGAGUACAUCCGGGCUCUGCAGCAGUUGCUGGAUGAACAUGAUGCGGUGAGCGCGGCGUUUCAGUCCGGCGUCCUGUCGCCCACCAUGUCGCAGGGAUACUCCGCGGACAUGAACUCCAUGGCGGGAUCACCGGUGUCCUCGUACUCAUCCGACGAGGGCUCCUACGAUCCGCUCAGUCCAGAAGAACAGGAGCUGCUGGACUUCACCAACUGGUUCUGAUGAUCCAAAUAAGAAAUAUGGAUCAACUCACUUUCCUGUCUAAGUGCGCUUGGGAUGGUCCCGGACGAGGCUGGCUGUCCUCAAGAAAAAGACGCACUGCAAACGCGUUUUGGCCCCGCGUACUUAACGCCCUCCAGUCCUCCCAGACUGACAGACAGAGACAGAUAACGGCCUUAAAAAAGACUUUUGGGGUGAAAUCAGGCCGGAGAUCAGCGCCAAAGGAUUUAAGGAGGUCUCCUGACAGCGUGGGAAUCCAAACUUCUGUGCCCAUGAUAAACACAAAAACCCUUAAGUGAAUUCAGCAGCACAUUAAAAACAUUAUUUAACACGUCGCUCUUCAAACUAUGCUAAAUCCAAUCACCAACCCUUUGGUAAACCUCUUUUAAUUCAGAAAAAUGCUUCCAAGUCGCGGAUUUAUUCUAUAAAAUUCUAUAUCAAACGCUUUUUUGAAAUAUAUUAAGAUAUUUUUGUAUGUAAGAGAUUUAUAGAUGUUUUGUACACAUCCUUUUUGUAUAUAUUUUGUCUAUAUAUUGCGAAGUUGCUUCUAUACCUCCUGCCUAGACGUGUAGUCUAUUAUUCUCUGGCUCUUCUGUUCAUGAGGUUCCCAGACGGAGUUUGACACUCCGACGUUUUAUUCUAGCACCGAUGUGUCUUAUUUAAUAGCAGAACCAUGUUAUUGCAUUAUGUCAUGAAGUUCACAAUGAUCAAAACUUAUGCAGCUAUUGUCCAAACAGAGCGCAAUGGCCAUGCAUUGUCUCUUUAUACUGCCAGCUCUAUAUUGUCUUCACAUAAACAGAUGUUGGGAAAAAAGAUGUCUUAUAACCAUAUUUUCUACACUCU